UCUGUGGGACACCCAAUUACCUGGCCCCGGAGGUGCUGGACCGCAGGGGACACGCGGUGCCCUCGGACAUCUGGGCCCUGGGCUGUGCGGUGUACACGGCGCUGACCGGCCACGCCCCGUUCGAGGCGCGUCACCGGCCGGAGCUGUACCGGAGCAUCCGGGGGGCUCGGUACCCGCUGCCCCCCCAGCUCUCCCCCCGUGCCCGCGCCCUCAUCGCCCACAUGCUGGACCCCGACCCCGCAGCACGGCCCAGCCUGGCAGGGGUGCUGGGCCACCCCUUCCUCACCCAGGGUUUCACACCCCACAAGCUGCCGCCCCGCGCCUGCCACUCCGUGCCCGUCUUCGUGGGACAGGACCCCCUGUGCCGGAUCCUGCGGGGGCUGCGGUGCUGGCAGGGCUGUGGCUGUGUCCCUGUCACCCCGGGGGGUGGCCGUGCCCCUCCCCAAAGGACCUGA